AUGCCGAGCGUCUACUUUACCUUGUCUGCUGCGGUUCUCGCUGGCUUCGCGAGCGUGGCUCAAGCCCAGACCAACAUUACAAACAAUGCUUGCGCUGACGGGUCGAGCUACGACUCCUGCAACCGCGAUGUCGCCAACAAAUGGGGCACUUGUGUGACAGACUGCAGAGGUGAUGGCGACUGCAUGGUGGACUGCGGCUGUACCGCGCACCAGCAGUAUAUCAACUGCAUGGCUGAGACCUGCUGGAACCAAGUCUAUUCUUGCGAGUACCAACUCUUCGUGCAACAAUAUUUCGCAGUAUGCCCGAGCGCCGCCGAACCGAUCCCCUUCUGGCCUGCGCCGGAUAACGCACCAAACCGCUGCUCCUGCGAUCUGGGCAAGGUGCUCCAAAACACCCUGACAGCGCGUAAGGAGCAGAUGACUUGCAUGAAGAACGUCACCGACCAAACAGUCAACGAAGCUAGCAGUGGCAACCUUGCGAACCUGGGCAACGGGCUCAAUAUCGCGAAUCAAGCCACCGAAUGCGCAUGCUGCGGUGCCAGUGCCAGUUACUCUGCUGCCUGGGAAGUCUGCCCCGACACUGUCCCCACGCUCGCUGGCGCCAACCUCUGGGGCGUCUUCUUCCCUGGUGACCUGCCGAACCUGUACAACUCGAUUCCCAACUGGGCCUGGGACACCUGCGACUCGACACUGGAUAACCUGAAGUGCCAGGACAUCGGUUUCAACGACUCGUCCGACAAAUUCUAUAAGCCCGGUGAUUUCCCCAAGAACGGAACCUCUACUCUGCACAAUGUUGCUGGCACCGUUACUGCGCCUCCCAGUGGCACUGUUCUCACCUGGUCUCAGUCCUCGACCAGCUGGACUGUUACUGCCACUGGAUAUGAUGCGAAGGCUGUUGUUAGCCAGAGCGAAUACCGAGCUACUGCUACCGGUACCAGCACUGACUUCCCCCGGCAGACGGAUGUGAGCAAUGUCAACGGUGCGGGUAAUGUGCGCCCUGUUGGCGGUGCUGUUGCUGCGCUUGGCUUCGUGGGUGUCCUGAUGGCACUGUAA